UAUUAAAUGAUCUGAAUUUUGUUAAAAAGGGGGAAAAAAAGAAAAAAGUAAUAAAACUGAAAGCGUGAACGUUGGGUCUGUGGUAGAGAUAACCUCAUUACUCUGCGUCUCACUGGCCAGGAUUAACUCAGGGGAUGAGGGAAACGAGGGAAGGCUGCAGCUCUGCGAGGAAGAAGCACAUUUGUUAAACAGGUUUUAGCCAAACCGACCUGUAUCAAUUCAGAUUAGUUUCAUUUUUGCCAAACUUUACAGCCAUGGAUGUGGCAGAUUCCUGAGCAUAGAAGAUGACAUCGGAGGCGGCUGUCUCCACAUCUCCCACCAUGACCAGCAGCACCCCAGCCAAAAGGGACUACUACUGGCUUCGCUCAUUUGUAGCUGGAGGUGUAGCAGGAUGCUGUGCCAAGACCACCAUCGCUCCUCUCGACAGAGUCAAGAUUCUUCUUCAAGGCCAGAGCCCCCAUUACAGACAUCUGGGAGUGUUUUCCACUCUCACCGCUGUCCCAAAGAAGGAAGGCAUUCUUGGCUUGUACAAGGGCAAUGGGGCAAUGAUGGUCCGGAUAUUUCCUUAUGGAGCCAUUCAGUUCAUGGCCUUUGACAAAUAUAAAAAGCUGCUGAAUACAAAGAUUGGAAUCUCUGGGCACAUCCAUCGCCUUAUGGCAGGUUCUAUGGCAGGCAUGACUGCAGUGAUAUGCACUUACCCUUUGGAUGUAGUCCGAGCCAGGCUGGCCUUCCAGGUGACAGGAGAUCAUCGCUACUCUGGAAUCGCCAAUGUUUUCCAAUCCAUCUACCGCACGGAGGGGAUAAUGGGCUUCUAUAGAGGACUUACUCCGACACUAAUUGGAAUGGCCCCUUAUGCAGGGCUCUCAUUCUUCACCUUUGGCACUCUGAAGAGCCUUGGCCUGAAACAUUUCCCAGAGCAGCUGGGAAGACCAUCAUCAGACAAUCCUGAUGUCCUCGUUCUGAAAACCCAUGUCAACCUGCUCUGUGGAGGGGUUGCUGGUGCCUUUGCUCAGACUGUCUCUUACCCUUUGGAUGUGGCGAGGAGAAGAAUGCAGUUAGGCACGGCUCUUCCAGACUCAGAUAAAUGUGUAUCGCCGAUCAAAACCCUGAAGUACGUGUAUAAGCAGUACGGGAUAAAGAGGGGAUUGUACAGAGGCCUUUCUCUCAACUACAUCCGCUGUGUCCCCUCCCAGGCCAUGGCCUUCACCACCUAUGAGUUCAUGAAGCAGGUCCUCCACCUGAACUAGUUGGCUGGGUCACACACUGAUCAUUGAGCCAUCAGCUCAAAUUCACGGUUUCCUCCGUAAAGUGACCUCAUGCUCAAUUUUUACGUCUUAAGCUACUUCUGCUGGAGGUAUCCGGGGAGUUAGUAAAGGGAAAUUAGAUAUCGGACAUAGAGUUACUCCAUGUCCAUCCUGUUGUUUCAUUUCCUUUUGCCACCGCUGAAGAAAUAGUUUGUUUUUGGUUUGUUUGUUUUUUUGUUUUUUGUUUUUUGCCUUCACUCAUGCAGCAAACACAUAAUCAUAGUAAGCACAAAAUAAUAUUUUUAUUUACUUUUUAUUUAUAAUUAUUUGUUUUUCAGUUUAAAUUAUGAAUUUUUUUUUAAUCAAGAAAGAAUUUUAGUAAUUUGCAUCUAUUUGUACUGAUACAUGGGGUGAUAAGUAUAUUUCUACAUAUAAACGAGUCUUUAUUGUUAAUUUUUAUCAUGUUUGUUUUAUAAAUUACAGAUUUGGUUCAGUGUGUAUCUCUUGUUGGAAGAGGGGUGUUGUAAAAAAAUUUUGAUUUUUAAAGUGGUUCUUUUUUUUUCGCAUUCAGGGUUUAGUGUGUCUUCAGUUUUCAAUGCUUCAGCUUUAGGAAGUUGCACCAGUAAUUUAAAAAUUUUCAUCUCUUUCUCUGCCUUCUUAUGGUGGGGUGACCUGUGCACCACUUUUUUUUUUUUUAUCAUUUUCCUUUUUGCUUUUUCAAACCUUUGCUUUUUAUGUUGCUUAAUGUGCACUUACUGUAGAUGUGGCUUUGAUGACACUGAAUAAUGAUCAUCCCUGGGAUCUUCACAUAUUUUUGAUGUUGGUCUGACACCUCUGAGGGGGGACAUGUUUUUCAGAGAGACCUCAGAUGUAACUUGCACUGUACCUUAUUUAUUGAUUUAACAAGAUAUUGCCACUGGGUGGCGGUAUUGAUUAAAAGAGGAUUAUUAAAUGUUUACCAUCAGAGAUGCACACAGCAUUCAUUAAAAUUUCAUUUAUUUCUUCAGCAUUAAAUGCUCUAAUAGGAUUUCUUUUUCUUGUUUUCUUAGUUUGCAUGUUUGAUUUUUUUAAGCAAAGUAAGUCACCGGGUUAUAGAUAGAUAGAUAGAUUGUCCCAGGAAAGCUGAAAAUUAACUAAUGAAUAAAAGUUUUAUUAAUAUCUCCCAUUACAGCUCUUUAAGUCUCAACAUAUUUCUGUAGGACGCUGUCAGAUCAUUUUAAAGUCUUACCUUCUCCUGUUAUGGACAUUUUACCUGACCUGAGUGACUCGUGUGAUAUAUUGAUGAUGAAUGGAGCAGAGCAGAUGUCUAAAAGCAGUGAUUUUUGACUACUCAUCAGUUUCCCAUGAAGUUCCAUCAAAGACGGAUUGCUUUCCCUCCCUGGACUUCUCAUUGGACUAAUCGCUGAAGGCAAAAAGAGGAUUUUACAUAGAAAAACAAUUCUCAUUUUAUUUUUAUUUUCUAUUCCAUAAAAUAUUUGUUUUAUACUAAAUAACGUAGGUUUCAUUGGAAUUUGUAAACAUCACUUUUUAAGACAAAAGCUGGAGGUUUUGUAUCCUGUUGGAAAUAACUCAUACUGAAAUACUCCAAUACAAGAAGUGAGGUGUUAAAACAGCUUGUCUUGUGUAAAAAAAUUGGUACUUGAACAAAUAUGUAAAAAAAAAGUCCAAACCCUGUAUAUCUGUUUCCUGGCCAGGAGCCUUUAAUCACACACGAUGGGUAACUAGUGGCAGCUGGUUUUACCAGCAUGUCGUGCUUUGCAUGCUGCCACUUAUUCAUCCAUGGGCCUGCUGUGCACUGAUACUUUACUGAUGUCUUUGUGAGGUACCUGAUCUUUCACUGUUAUCAAUUCCACCAAGUGUAUGUUUCUGUUUUUGCUGCUCACUGAAACAGAUAUAGAAUUAUACAGAUAUUUAUAUAUAAAUGUAAAUAACUGUGAUCAGGUUUUGUGACUUCAACAAAUAUAAUUGUCCUGAGGAAUGAACAAUGAAAUUGCCUUAAAAAAAAGUCAGUUUUGCUUGUUUUUACUUGCAAUGCUAAUAGCAGCAUCAUCUCAAUUAUGUUACCUUAACCAAGUUUGAGCCUUCAUUUUCUCUUUGGAUAUAAAACUUUGAAUGAAUUGGU